AUGACUGCCCAGCCGCUCAGGGAGCUUCUUGCUCCACCACCUCCAGUGCCUCGGACACUGGAGCAGAAGGGUGGGGACUGCCCAGCCACACAGGCACCUCUGCAGCACGCGCCAUCCCUCCUGUGCUCUUGGGCCUCAUGGUUGUGCUGGGAUCUGGAUCCACACUGCAGAGGCACAGGUGGUCAGACAGGUCACUUUACUGAGCUCCAGAAGAUAGAACGGAAGAGAACAACUGUGAUAAAGGUACAUCAGACCUCCGAGGCUGAGCCGGGAGACACGACCAGCACUUUCUGUGGCACUCCUAAUUACCUGGCUCCAGAAAUUAUAAGAGGGGAGGAGUAUGGCUUCGGUGUGGACUGGUGGACUCUUGGAGUGGUGAUGUAUGAGAUGAUGGUUGGGAGGUCUCCAUUCCAUCUUGCCGAGAGCUGUGGUAACCGUUAUAAAAACUCAAUUGAUUAUCGCUUGCAAGCAAUUUUGGAAAGAGACAUUUUCAUACCUCGUUGUCUAUCCAUAAAAGCUGUGAGUGUCCUGAAGCGUUUUCUGAACAAGGACCCAGCAGAACGACUGGGUUGUUGUCCUCAUAGGGGAUUUUCUGAUGUUCAGAAACAUCCGUUCUUUCGCAGUGUUAACUGGGAGAUGAUGGAGCGAAAGCAGGUGGUGCCUCCCUUUAAACCAAAUAUGUCCGGGGGAUUUGGUCUGGACAACUUCGAUUCUCAGUUUAUUAAUGAAUCUGUCCGGCUCACCCCAGAUGAUAAUGACAUCAUGAGGAAGAUUGAUGGGUAUGAAUUUGCAGGUUUUGAAUAUAUCAAUCCUCUUCUGAUAUAUGAAGAAGAAUGGGUCUGAUCCUCAUUUUUCAAGUGUGCAUUCUCUGCUUAUGUUGCCAUUUAAUGCUUGGAGAAACUUGUCACCACCUAGGAUUCAAUUAACCAUUUUAUAGUUGUCUAGAAGCUAAUUUUAAGUUUUUCAUGUGGUCAUAUUUAGAUCUAAUAAUUGACUCUUAGUCGAUAGCAGAGAAUAUAGAAUUAUUUGUUGAUAGAGUUGCUUUUUAUGAACUGAAUUGACAGUGAGGCAGUUGCUUGUUAACCACACUUGUAUACACAUUCUGUUUUUGAGUGAGACGUAGUGCCUCAUCUUUUUUCUUUUUUAUUUAUGAUACAAGAAAACAACUUGUGUUUUAAGUAGAAUGUCUAACGUAUGCUAGUUUCUCUCCAAACCACAUUACUUGUACUUUUGGAGCUCAGUUUAUAUGUAGUCUU